AUGUCUCUCUUCCAGGUGGCCUUUGACUAUGCCGCGCCCGUCUUCCUUAUAUCCUCUCCCAUAACGUCCUAUGCCGACCAGAUUGUAAGCAUCCAUCGCACAAGAAGCUCCGCGGGUUUCUCCUUGGAUAUUCCUCUGAUUAUGCUUAUUGCGUCGAUUUUGAAGGUCUUCUUCUGGUUUGGAGAGUAUUACUCCGCUACUUUGUUGACACAAGCAAUUGUCAUGAUCGCGGUCCAGAUCGCGAUGCUCAAGGUCGCGUUGGAUAAUCGGCCUUCUCCCAGUGGCAGAAAUGGAAUUGAGCAUGCGCCCUUCAGUGGUGCGGUCUCUGAGUCCAAAUCUGCACGACCGUACGAAUUCUGGCAGUGGCAGAACACCAAGCCGUACUGGAUGUUCCUGGCUUACUUCGUCGGAGCCUUAGCUAUCAUCCACCUGACCCCAAUCGCUCAAUCCGAAUACUAUAUCAGCUUUUUGGGCUACGUCGGACUCGCCGUCGAAGCAACCCUCCCUAUUCCUCAAAUCAUCGCCAACCACCGAUCGGGUUCAUGCAAGGGCUUCCGGGUCUCUGUCAUCGCGGCCUGGAUUCUCGGUGAUACCAUGAAAAUGAGCUACUUCUUCAACAGCACGGAGACAAUUCCAUGGGCAUUCAAGCUCUGCGGUAUCUUCCAGUGCGUGUGCGACUUCUAUCUCGGAUUCCAGUUCUAUAUCUUCACGCGAAACACUCCCACGCACACUCCGACCCAUUCGCAUUCCAAUUCCCACGCCCACUCCCUUUCGCAUCCCAUCUCACACUCCCAUUCCCGCUCCCACUCACAGACCGCUGGCGAGUCUGCGGAGCCAAAUGGUCGCUGGGGUCAUCAUGAGAAGGAUAUCCGCAUGACUUGA